AUGCCCAACAGCGAUUCGCCGUCAUCGUCACAGGACGAAUCUGGGGACCUGACUUGUUCUGUUUGUGACCAACCGGCCAAGGGCAAGCAUUUUGGAGCAAUCGCCUGUAGAGCAUGUGCAGCAUUUUAUAGACGUGCCGAUGCGUGCAAAACGAAUGUGAAAGCGUGCAAAAAGGGUGGCAAAUGUCAGUCGCUGGUGAAUAAUAACGGAUGGUUCGAUUGUAAAUACUGUAGACUACAAAAAUGCUAUCAAGUUGGAAUGAACACGACAAACUUUCAAUUCGACCGCGAUCCGAUCAGCACCAAGUUCAAAGGAUCGGAAGUUCCAAAGAGCAUGGAAUGUUUUCUGGGCCGCCCACACUGUGUGAUUUUUGUGAAGCCGGAGAAAGUACAAGUCAAAAAGGAUCUCAUCGAUUGUAAUGAUCUCAUGAAGAAGGCGACAAAAAUUUUUGUGGAGUUGGCAGAAGCAUUACAAAAUAUGGAAAAAUCUCAUACUUCGGGACCAGUGAAGCUGGUCACCAAAUAUGGCAAAGAAGAAGUGCUAUCGUUUUUUGAGCAGGAUUUUUUAAAAGCCACCAGCUGGUUUUCCUAUUACAACGAGUUUACUGAACUGGAAACGGAGACGAAGCUCGAAAUGAUGCAAGCCAUGUGGCAUGUAUGGUCCAGACUGUACAAAUUGGCCACCGCGGCGAACGGAAAACGACGAAAAGUUUGCGAAGAUCAACUUUUACUGAUUAGCCACGAGUCGGAGUAUACUGUAAUGGACCUGACGAAAAUCGAGUUUGACUAUUCGUGCUUCAUCGACAACACGGAAAACAGUUUUCUGUACAAAUUGGUCGAUUAUAUGGUCGAUUUGAAGCCAUCCGACGCUGAGCUCUCUUUUAUGAUUUGUCAAGCGUGUUUCCACUAUGCCGGACAGCGAUUCAGUGGAAAAAUUGCCGAAACUUGUGAGAAAUUCGAGAAAAAACUGGCUGACGAUCUUCACGACUUUUAUGUGGACGAAUGGAGAAUGCCCAACUACUCGGGCAGACUGUCCCUGAUGCUGAGAAUCAAUAAUUGGAUCAAGGAAGACAUCUGGAAAUGUCGUCAAAAACAAGAAAUCGCUGAUCUCUUCGACGUCUACUGCAUCGAGUACUCGCAUCCCGAGAUUUUUAAGGAUAUCUAG